CGCGGCGCGCGCCGCCCGCAUCCAAAACGUUUCUAUUAUUUUCCUUACGUGUUUCAUUUCGCGUAGACUUUUGGACGGCGGUAGUUUAGCGGCGCGAAAUGCCCACUAAAUUGUGACUUUGGACAGAAAAAAAAAUGGAACACCGUGAACACUUUUCGUCGAAAAAAAAUUUUUCCCGGCAAAAAAAUUGAAAACAGAAAACAUUUUUUGGUCGACCGCAACUAAACGCAGUUCAAACUAGAUUCUUUUUUUCGAUUCUUUUUUUAAACACAAACCGAUGCAGUUAACAAGUUUCAGUUGUCGUAUGUUUUGUUUUGUUUCUCAAUGAAACUGUACACGCUCAAUUAGUAACACGCCGAGGAGCCGGCACCAGUUAGCGAAGAAGGAAGAAGGAGAGAAGAGAAGAUGGCGCUCGCUUCUUCUGUCAGCCUCUACUACUCGAUAGUGCAGAGAGCUGCGAGGCAUUACCUCGAGGACUACUGUCAUACCGAUACGACAGCCCCGUACGUGCUUUACAAAGAUGGGGUAGAGCGCGCUCCUCCCGGUACACAAUGGGGUGGUGGGAUGCUGGACGGCGGCUACCAGCCCAUGCAGCAUCAGAGCCCCGGCGGGCCGUCACCUCAGCCCGAGCCGCAGUUGGCGUCCCCGGCGCCAUCACCCUAUCCGCCUGCGCCGCCGCCCCCCGAUCCAACUGGUACGUCGGCCGAGGACGCCGCGCAGCAGCUUGCGCAGCAACAAGCUCAGCAACAAGCCCAGCAACAACAAGCACAGCAACAGCAGGCGCAACAACAACAGCAGCAACAACAAACUUCCCCAGAACAUCUUCAAGUAGAGCAACAAUUACAGAAUCAGGCUCAGUCGCAACAGACCACACAGGACCAUUUAGAGCGCGCACCCUGCUUCGUUCCUCAACCGGACUUGCAGCAACAGUAUACACCUUAUUUCAAAGAGACCAGGCCUGCUAGUCACAUGCUCGGCACUGGGGGUUUCCCAUUACAUUAUCUGAAACAGAAUGGCGGUGUCCUCUCUUUAGAAGGUCCGCUCGAUCAGUACGCAUCGACAGAAUUGCGCCAUUUACCUGACAUAGUCCAGCCGGAGCCGCCGAAACCAAGAAAACAUAACCCGAACUCGGAAUUGCGGCUUUUCAAAUGCCUGACAUGUGGGAAAGACUUCAAACAGAAAUCCACGCUGCUGCAGCACGAGCGCAUCCAUACAGAUUCGCGACCGUACGGGUGCCCGGAGUGCGGCAAGCGAUUCCGGCAGCAGUCGCACCUGACGCAACACCUGCGCAUCCACGCGAACGAGAAGCCGUACGCGUGCGUGUACUGCCCGCGCUCGUUCCGGCAGCGCGCCAUCCUCAACCAGCACCUGCGCAUCCAUUCCGGUGAGAAGCCAUAUACGUGCGGCGAGUGCGGCAAACAUUUCCGCCAGAAGGCCAUCCUGAACCAGCACGUCCGCACACACCAAGACGUUUCGCCCCAUCUGAUCUUCAAGAAUGGGACGACGCCGACCUUAUGGCCUCAAGACGUCCCGUUCCCGCCUGAUGAGAACAAGGAGGAAAUUCAAUCUGCAUUCGGAGACGCAGAUGGGCAGAAUGGCGAGCAACGUGGAUCAUGUUUUUCGCCUGGAGAUACAGCACAAUACCCGGCAUACUUUAAAGACACGAAGGGUCUCAAUCAUACUGUCUUCGGUUCCGGUUUGUCUCUGCAGUACCUGAAAGGCAGUAAACUGCCUGAUGUUCUUGGGGGUCGCGCUAUGCCGCUUUAUGUUCGUUGUCCUAUUUGCCAGAAAGAAUUCAAACAAAAGUCAACCUUACUGCAACACGGCUGCAUCCAUAUAGAGUCGCGGCCGUACCCAUGCCCCGAAUGUGGUAAACGAUUCCGACAACAGUCGCAUCUUACGCAGCACUUACGCAUACAUACCAAUGAGAAACCGUACGGGUGUGUGUACUGCCCGCGAUUCUUCCGUCAACGGACCAUCUUGAACCAGCACCUUCGCAUUCACACUGGAGAAAAGCCCUACAAAUGCACGCAAUGCGGAAAAGAUUUCCGACAAAAAGCAAUCCUUGAUCAGCACACCAGAACACACCAGGGUGACCGGCCCUUCUGCUGUCCGAUGCCAAACUGCCGGCGUCGCUUCGCAACCGAACCCGAAGUGAAGAAGCACAUCGACAACCAUAUGAAUCCGCAUGCGGCAAAAGCGAGACGUGCCGACGCGCCGAAGACACCGCGGCCGCUCCCACCUGCCGCCGCCGUGGUAAAACCUGAGCUGUACUUCCCGCAAUGCUACGCACCGCCAUUCCAGCAGUUCCCGGCGACAACUGCCACCGAGUUCAAACCCGCCGUAGGCCCUGGUGCACCGGUGCCGUGUCUGUCGGCUCAGUGACCCGCGCCACCGCCGCGAUGGCACCCCGCGCCCACGCAUGCGCCCUCACAUCAUGAUUUGUACGCCGCCGAACGUCUCUACAAUUAAGUUUAGAACACCCUUUGGACAAUUUUAAAGAUAGACCUGCGGUGUACCAAAAAUAGUUGCCGUCGCCUACGACGGCACGGAACCAGUAUACGACUCGCGUGAGCGAGACUAUGAUUCAAAUAAUGAUCGAUGUAAUAUUGUUAAUCGGAUCGCUGUAAACAAGCUUCGGUCUGUAAAUAACCACAUGUUUUAUAUACCCCAUCAAGUCUGUCGAGGGACAGACCGCGAGUUCAUCACGAAUAGUGUUACCGUCAAACAAGCGAGUACAGAUAGCAUUUUUGCCCCGUAAUAUUAAGUUACCAUGUAAGAAUUAGGUUUCUUGAGGAUUCUUCUUAAUAUGGUCGAAAUGUUCA